GCCCCCUGGAAAUAGUUUGUAACCGUGGGAACAAUAAAAUCUCCUCAAGGGAUAUGUUGCUCUGUGAAGGGUGAAUAAAUAACUGGUUGCCAUGGUGAUUUUAUCGUUGUUUUUGUCGUCGUAGUGAUUUAUUUAUUUAUUUUGGAAAAUGUCGCAAAAUCAAAAAAUGGUCAUAAUUCCGCGUGUAAAGAAAAUUACGACGCGAGUGAGUAGUUCGGAAAUUGCCAUGGAAACAGAGGAACAAAUUCAACCUAAAAAAUUACAAAAUCCCGUCAAGGAAAGUCAAGCGAGGAUGGAGCUACACAGGGAGUUGAUGUUCAAUCAGAAAAUAGGGACCUCCCCCCUCUCCAAAAAGACCGAGUUACAAAAGGCCCUGGAGAAAAUCAAGUGUUCGAAAGCCGCUGCCUCAUCCUCUUCGCCCCCCGAAGUAUCCACUGAUUUCGAUAAGAUCUUAACCGAGCGGAAACGAUACAUUGACGACAAUCAUUAUUUCGUUGAUAAGGACAAUAAUUUAGCGACCGCGGAGGGCACGGCAGCCGCGGCCGCGCGAGAUGCGAGCUCAGAGUUUGAAAAGGUUCAUAGGAAAAUUAUCAAGAAGAAAGAGGAGUCGUGAAAAGUAUAUUUUUUCAUAAAUUUCCGAGAAAAAAUAUAUAUUUCUGGAAACUUUAUUCCCGAAAAAAA